CACCAUCUUCUUUUAGCUGAGGUUAGUUAAAUAAAAAAGAAAGAACCAGACAUACCAAAAAAAAAAAGAAACAUACUGUACAACAUUAACAGAAAUAAGUACUAUGAAAAAACCUGAAGUAAAGUUGUAUUUUCAUGUCCAAGAUCGUUCAUGAAAAGAUGACACAACUUUGUGUAAAGAUUGCUCAUGGGAAUAGCAUCAAGUGGAGCAUUCUUGAACGUGUAACUGUGUUUAAGCAGUUUUUUCAUUUCAUCUGGGACAAGAUUCUUGCUUGCUCUAUAGGCAAGCCUGCAAGGUACCGGAGGCUAACUUACAGAUCGUGCUCUCCACCACCGGAGGCCAUCGAAGCCGGUGUAGAGACGUCAUUGGAGGCUGCAAGUUGUCGUGGGUUUAGCAAGGAUUCGGAUUUAGUCUCUUUGAAGAUUAGUUUGUUGGGUGAUUGCCAAAUUGGUAAAACAAGCUUUGUGAUAAAGUAUGUGGGAGAUGAGCAGGAGAAGAAAUGCUUAGAGAUGACAGGAUUGAGUUUGAUGGACAAAACAUUAUUUGUUCAAGGUGCAAGAAUUUCAUUUAGUAUAUGGGAUGUAGCAGGUGAUAGCAGUUCACUUGAUCAUGUUCCAAUUGCAUGUAAAGAUGCAGUAGCAAUACUGUUCAUGUUUGAUCUUACUAGCCGGUGUACUCUUAACAAUGUGGUUGAAUGGUACAAUCAGGCAAGAAAAUGGAAUCAGACAGCAAUUCCUAUACUAAUAGGGACCAAAUUUGAUGAUUUUGUCCAACUCCCACCAAAUUUGCAGUGGACAAUAGUGACUCAGGCAAGGGCAUAUGCAAAGGCAAUGAAGGCAACCCUUUUCUUUUCAAGUUCUAAACAUAACAUAAAUGUGAACAAGAUCUUCAAAUUUAUCAUGGCUAAACUCUUUAACCUGCCAUGGACAGUAGAGAGAAACUUGACAGUUGGAGAACCCAUAAUUGACUUCUAAAGGUGGUCGCUUUGGCACUGAUCCUCCUGUACAUAGCCGAAAGAGGGAAAAAGAUGUAAACAAGAGAUAAAACCUUCAAGCAGCUCAGCAGAUGGAUUCUGCAGACCCUUUUUUUUAUAUUGUAUGGUUCUCCUUGUUCUUUCUUUUUCUCUUCUAACUCUACACUGGACUGGAGAUAGCUGCUGUUACCUUGUAUAUGGUAACAUAGUGUAAAAAUAAUGUUUUUUUUCUCAUAUAUUCCUCCUCCAUGUUAGAGAAGGAAUCAGUGCUGCUUAAACUAAAAUAAUCCAAGCUGGUAAUUUCCUCAGGAA